AUGGCACCUUCGGCUACGCAACUCGUUACUCCGGUGCAGGAGGUUAAGGUCAAGCAGGCUGAGACGCAUGUUCAUGGCGCAGAAGAUAAGUCGCCUUUAGAAGCUAUCAGUCAAGGACCUAUGAUUCAUCCUGGAAUCCCAACUUUCUCAUCCCACGCCGAACACCGCAAACACAUCCUCAUUCACACCGCCGCCGUUUUCCGUGAUUUUUCCCGCAAAGGCUUCACCGAAGGAAUGUCCGGUCACAUUUCCGUCCGAGACCCCGAAUUCGAGAACUACAUCUGGAUGAACCCACUUGGGAAGCACUUCGGUCUCAUGACUGCCGGUGAUUUGAUCUGCUUCGAUAUUAAGACCGGGAAAGUUGUGGGUGGAAAUAGGGCAUAUUUGGAAAAGACCAAGACAGGAAAUUCAGCAGGAUUCCUCAUCCAUUCUGAAAUCCAUAAGGCGAGGCCCGAUAUCCACGCUGUUUGCCAUGCUCAUACAAACGCUGGUCGUGCCUGGUCUGUGUUUUCCAAGGGUCUUGAUAUGCUGAACCAGGAUAUCACCUAUCUGUACGAUAGUAUCGCCGUGUAUUCAGAAUACGGCGGUAUUGUCUUUGCCGAGGAGGAGGGUAGGAAUAUUGCUCGUGCUUUGGGAACAAAGAACAAGGUGGCAAUUCUCCUCAACCACGGCCUCCUCUCAACCGGAAGCACAGUCGACGAAGCCGGCUUCAUGUUCGGGCUACUUGACCGGGGCUGCGCAAUCCAGCUACAAGUCGAGCAGGCGUGUGCUGGAAACCCGUCGUUGGUGAAGCAUGUUGUCAGUGAUGAGGAGGCGGCGUAUAACUUCAAGAUGGCGAGUGAGAAGAACGCGCUGUAUGCUGAGGCGCAGCCGGAUCUGGAUUAUGAGUUCGCCAUGGCGGGGCCUGGGGUUAUUGAGAAGGGGGUGGAGGAUAUGAAAGUUGAUCAUGGUGUUUAG